AUGAUUUUAGAUGCAAUUGCCAACCUUCGAUAAUUUGAUCAUUAUUAUUUUAAUAAUGAACGAUUGGCAAUCAAAUUAAUCUCCAAGUCUAGCCAGUACUUUUGGUCCUUGGUAUCCUAGUUCAGCAAAGAAUAAAAUGGUCAAAGCUCAACAUAACUAAACUCUAAUAUUAGAACCUCUGAGUUAAAAAUUUUAUACAAGAAUCUAAAGCAGGACAUCAGUACCAAAAAGAAGAGCUAUUUCAGUACAACGUAGAUUACCCACUGCUCCUACAAUGGAUACAACAACAAAAGUAUAAAAAUAACGAACUCUACCAGAGCCAGUCCUUUUGAAUUUGACAUAAGAACCACUCUAUAUUAGAAGCAAUAAGAAUGUAAAGGAUAUUUUAAAGAAAUUGUAAUACUAUCGAUACAAUGA